GGGCCUCAGCGAUGAUUCACGGCACAGUAACGGGACAGGAGACCGGACACGCCGAGCUCACGGUGAACAUGUUCCCGUGGCUGGUCUGGGUUUGUUUCGCACAGACUUCAGGCCUGUUGUCUCAUGUGCAACAAUAUGAGGUUGUUCGACCUCAAAGACAUCAAGAGAGACGAACCAGGAGUCUUCUGAAGGACCAGCUUUAUCCCGAGAAAGUUCAGUACGACUUGAAAAUCGAAGGGAGAAACCACACCAUUAACCUGGAAAAAAACAGGAAUCUAAUAGGGGAACGCUACAUAGAAACAGUUUAUUCUGAAGAUGGUAAAAGGAUGACAGGAUCGCCAAGUCAGGAACACUGUUUCUACCAUGGGCACGUCCAAGACCAGGUCGACUCCUCCGUCAGUGUGGGGAUCUGUUCAGGCAUCAGAGGCUUCCUGAGAGUCCAGCAGCAGGUUUACAUGAUAGAACCUCUGGGACGAACUGAUGAUGAAGAUCAUGCAGUUUAUCGAUGGGAGCAUCUGAAGGUCGGCGGCCAGCUUGGCUGUGGCCCCUCCUCCUUGCUGUAUGACCAGAACCAGAACCACAACCAGGACCGGGCCCCUCAGCAUGCUGGCCUCUUCACGUCCAGAUCAUGGAAUACUAAACCUCUGCCGGGUCCUGAGAGGUUUGUUGAGCUGGUUGUGGUGGUGGACAACACCGAGUACAAACUUUAUGGGAAAGAGACUAAGUCUCGUAUCCUUGGAGUUGUGAAUCACAUGGAUAAGCUUUACCGCCCCCUGAACAUCCACAUAGUGCUGGUGGGUCUGGACAUCUGGUCGUACAAAGAUUACAUCCAUGUGGAUGAAAAGCCAGAAACCACCUUGGAUAAUUUCCUGUUGUGGCGUAAAGCUGAGCUCCUGCCGAGGAUGAAGCACGACAACGCUCAGUUUGUGACGGGUAAAAAAUUUGCCAAUGGCACAGUUGGACUAGCAAAUAAGUUUGCCAUGUGCACAGAAAACUCAGCUGGAGUCAGUCAGGACCACCUGAGCAACCCUCUGGGCCUUGCCUCCACCAUUGCCCAUGAGAUGGGACACAACUUUGGUUUAUCCCAUGACUCCGCAAGCUGUGUGUGUGGUCCGUUCCAAAGCAGCACAAAUUGUGUGAUGACUGAAAAGCUCGAAACAGCAAAUCAAGCAUUUCCUGAGUUUUUUAGCAACUGCAGCUUGCAGCAGCUCUCUGAAUUCAUGGCCCGAGCUCAGCCCAGCUGCCUCCACCAACCCAUCCUGGUCAGAACCAUCGCUGCGGGCCCCCUCUGCGGGAACGGCCUGCUGGAUCCCAGAGAGGAGUGUGACUGUGGCACAGAGCAGGAAUGUGACAAUCCAUGUUGUGAUGCGUCAACAUGUCGCCUAACUGAAGGAUCUGAGUGUGCUCAUGGACAGUGCUGUGAGCAGUGCAAGCUUAAAGCUUCGGGCACAGUGUGCAGGGGUUCUGCAGGGGACUGUGACUUGCCUGAGUACUGCACCGGAGAAUCACAGGACUGUCCAGAAGAUAGUUUUGAGAUGAACGGCAAAGGCUGUUACAACCACAUGUCAGGUUUCUGCUACGACGGCCAAUGUCCCAGCCUGCAUCAGCACUGCUGGAGGCUGUUUGGAGACGGAGCCAAAAUUGGGCCUGAUUUUUGUUUCAACCUGAACAGACAGGGUAUGGAAGGAACCAACUGUGGUGGAAACAAAUCCCGCUUCAUUCCCUGUUCUUCCUCGAAUCUGAAGUGUGGGUCCAUAUUUUGCACAGGAGGAGGUGAGUCGAUAACUGGUAAACGUGCAGGAUAUACCAUGUUUGGUGUGGAAUGCAAAGUGGCUGUGGAGGAUGAUAAGAGCAGAAACAUCGACAUGGUACCAUCAGGAACUGUAUGUGGAACAAAUAAGGUUUGUCUUGGCAACAGAUGUGUGGAUGUUUCAGUUUUUGGUAAGAAGGAAGAAUGUGCAAAGAAAUGCAACAACAAUGGGGUGUGUAAUCACAAGAAUCAAUGCCACUGUGAUCCGGGCUGGGCUCCACCUUACUGUGAAAUCAAAUAUGCUGAUUUACCUAAAGGUCGGAGUAUGAACGUAGCUGGAGUGUGUGCAGCUGUCUCCACCCUCCUGGUGAUCCUCCUGCUGAUAGUUGGGCUGCUGUACUGCAAAAAGAACAACAUCAAGGGCUACAUCUCCAGAAGGAAAAAGAAAUCUGCUCCCAGGAAGCUGAACCCAAAGUUCCAGGCAACGUGUGUCAAAGAAAGACCUGAGAUCGGCCAGCCCACUCUGGUGGAGUCCACAGUGUCUCUGAUCAACAGCCCUCUGGUUCUCCCUGUGGUGCCCAGCAGACCUGCUCCACCUCAGACUGGGUCACCGUUAGUUACAAAACACCAAAAACAGGACAUCGUUCUUCUUCAGCCUCCUCGGAAACCAACUUCAUUAGCAUCCACCUGCGAAUCCGAGUCGAGUAAAGAAUCUAAACCGAGUCUUCCACCAGUCCCACCAGUGAAACCCAGCCCUCUGCUGAUUCCUAGAAUCAAACCGAGUCCUCCUGCUCCUCCUCGGCCCCCGGCGAAGCCUCAACUCCAUAGACUCAUGUGAAAUUCUCAUCUAAUGGCUCGGUGAAGGAGGAUGUAAGGAGUCUGUCUAUCUGUGGAAUCAACACAGAUUAAAUGUCGGACUGAAGCUUUGGUGAGUGGAACUGGUUUCAGGAACAGAGACCAACAUCUGCACAGCUGCUGUAGAAGAGACUUUAGGUUUAUUUUUAUCCUUUCUGAUAAAUUCAGUGUGACAACUGAAAUGUUGAGCUGCAGUUUCAUAGGGUGUAAUGUAUUCAAUGUUCUCUCAUGAGCCGUUUUUUUUAUUGUUCUAUUGUUUUUAAAACAGCGUGAAGUUGAAUGACGUGCAAGUUCCUUUGGUGGAGGAGGCCAUUCAGAGAACAAAAGUAGAUCAAACUUUAGUAAACAAACUGGACUCCAGUUUCAAGUGUAGCUAACACAUGUUUUGGCCUCAGUUUGGAGAAACAGAGAUCAGUUCAGAUCAAACAGCCAAGUUACCAAAUAGUCACAAUGGGGCCAGUCAAAAAUGUCACAUCUGUUGGUGCAAAUGCUAUUUUUGAACCUUUACAUAAGCAUAGGGUUUAUAUUUCAUGAUUAUUCUGACAGAAUUAUUAAGGAAAUCCAGCAGAUUGACUUUUAACAUCAAAUGUCACCAUUUAUUGGUCAGUGUGGAAGCCCGUUGCUUCUUAAAAGAAAAAAGUACUGUGUCAAAAUUACAAGUUUCAGUUUAAAUUAUGACUAUUUCUCCUAAUAACAGCUUCAGACACAUGAGUGUCCUGGUGAAAUGAGCAGACACGAGCACACUGUUGGUUAGACCAAACUGUUUCACAUCUUUAAAAAAGAAAUGGUGGGCGUUUCUGAUUUGUUGCUCUGUCUAAAGCUGGAUUCCUGUGAUGCCUGACUUGGACAGCAAAAAGAAAAUGGUUUCUUUUUCAAACAUAAUUAAAGAAAAAUUGUAUUUAUUUUUAGAUUAUAACUUUAUGUUGAAUUUGGUUUUGGACAUACCAAUGCCUAAUGAUGUCCUCCAAAUAAUGUUUUUUUUUAAAUAACGUUUUACUUGAAAACUUUAAAAGGUACAUUUAGUAUCAAAACCUUUGCACACCUCAGAGAACCAAAUUGUCAUUUUAAAGGAGCUUUCCAUUUCUGUUUACGGCACUGGUGUUUCUAGACAUUUAAAGGUGUUGAACACUUCUUUGAUUAAAAAAUACUUUAUUAAUCCCAGAGGGAAAUUAAUUAAUACAUUUGCAGUGGUCCCUAUUGUAAGUUGGGGUGGGGGGCAGAAGCACCUGUUUUAGCACGAAGAUUUCAGCUGGAAGACAAAGUAGCUUCGGACGGCAGGAUUUGGAGCCUUAUUUCUUGAUAUUUGGACGUCUCACCUCUGAUUGGCUAACAGCAACGCAACCCUACCACUGACUCCGUUUACUCUGCAACACUGAUGUUUUAUCUCCACAAAUAACUCAAGCCUAGAGGAGUUCUGCUGUGUGGUGGAGUUAGCUUCUACUAGCCGAGACGUCCGCUGUUUCCUGGACGCUAAACCAAGAACAGCCUUCCCCGUCGUGAGUCAAGAUGGGUGAGUCCAUGAAUGUUAAGUGACAGUGUGACGUAGAUCUGUAAGGGUUUUCUAAUCCUAGAGUUUCACCGUCUAUUUUCUAUCAGAAGCUAAUGCAGGAGACAGAUGUAGGAGCCUGCAUGAAACGCUCAAAGUGAUUAUAAUUAGAAAUAAUCAUUAAAAAUUGUGUUUCAGUGUUCAACACCUUUAAUGGGAUAUUUUUGUCCUUUAAGUGACUCAUGUAAUUAUAUUUUCUUGCUCCUAAAAUGCAAACCUAUUUGGAAACCAGCUUUAAAUGUUAUUUGUGACUGAGAAUGUAAUAAGUUGGUGUAUUGCAACAAAUAAAGUGCACUUUAACCGUG